CAGAAUGUGGCUUCCGAGUGCAAUCCUAUUUUCUCUAUCAAUCGCCACGUGUCGCGGGUACACGUUACGAUUCUCAAGCAGUUUCGAGCGUAUAAUCAACGGCGAGACCGUUGAACCAGGAGAAAUACCGUAUCAGGUAUCCCUCCAGCUUCCAAUCAUCCGUUUCCAUUUCUGCGGUGGAUCAGUCAUCAGCGAAACAUUCGUAAUAACCGCGGCUCACUGCGUUCUGGGACGAUUGCCGGAUGGUGUGAUCGUCGUGGCUGGAACCAACGACAUCACCGAAGGGCAAGGAAUCAUCAGAAAUGUCCAACGAAUCAAUACCCACGAGGGCUACGACCCAAGAGACGCUUACAGAAACGACAUCGCCCUCUUGAAGCUCGCUGAACCUCUUCUGAAAGUACCUAACCUCGUGGGGUACAUCCAACUGCCGAGUUCGUGCCAAACUCUUACAACUGGAGACGUCGCUGUGGUUUCCGGAUGGGGACGAAUCCAGGAAGGAGGUCAAAGCCCGAAGCUUCUCCAGCGGGUGGCGAUCGAAAUAUCGGACCAGGAAUACUGCAAGGUAAUUUACCAGAAGACAUUCAAUAUGGAAGUCGACGAUACCCAAGUGUGCGCGGACGUGCCUGACGGUGGAAAAGGAUCUUGUCACGGAGACUCUGGUGGUCCUUUGACCGUAAACGGCGAACUAACUGGUCUCGUAUCCUGGGCGAACGGAUGUGCUCGAGAAGGAUAUCCAACGGUCUAUACCCGGGUCUCCGAGUUCCUGGAUUGGAUCGAGAAAACCGCUGUGUAACCGACGUGAAGGGGUUGGAAAACGAACGUAUUUCUCAAUACUUUGUAACCAUUUUCAAAGCAUUCUUUUUAAUUGCAAGCACAUAAUCGAACGUCGUUAAUAUCGAACGAUCCAUAGCACUUAAAACUCCCUCACUUUUCCAACAAAAGUUCUGAUUUCAAGACGGUAGAAUGAUUUGAUAUAGUAAGCCGAUACUUUUUAUGAUCA